UCCCUAUAUAUAUAUAACAGAACAUUGCAGCACCCUUCAUCAAAACUUACAGAGAAAUCAAUGGAGUCUUCCUCUAUUCUUCUUCUGUUCUUCCUCUCCUCAUUCUUCUUUCAGAGCUCACUUAGUGCGAGAAAGCUCACCGCUUUGGUCGAUAAGCAGCCACUCACCAUCACCUACCACAGGGGAACCCUUCUCUCCGGUCCAAUCUCUCUCAACCUCAUCUGGUACGGUAACUUCACCGCCUCCCAGCGAGCUGUCAUUUCCGACUUCGUCGCCUCCCUUUCCGGCGAUGACCCGAACCAACAGAAACAACCUUCCGUAUCAUCUUGGUGGAAGAUGACUGCCAAAUACUACUUCAAUUCCAAAGUUUCACAGCCUCAGCUCACUGUCGGUGAACAGAUCCUCGAAGAGAGCUACUCGCUCGGGAAAUCGCUAAAGAACGUGGACCUCGCCGCGCUGGCUGCGAAGGGGGUUAAGCGGCCGGCAAUAAACGUAGUGCUGACCGCUACCGACGUGGCGGUUGAGGGGUUUUGUAUGAGCCGCUGCGCGACUCACGCAUCGUCCACUCGGUCUAGCUCGGGCCGAUUCGCGUACAUCUGGGUUGGCAACUCAGCCGCCCAGUGCCCGGGGCUGUGCGCCUGGCCCUUCCACCAGCCAGUCUACGGCCCGCAGAACCCGCCUUUAUUGGCGCCUAACGGCGACGUCGGCGUUGACGGCAUGGUGAUGAACCUUGCCAGCAUGGUUGCCGGCGCCGUUACCAAUCCGUUUGGUGACGGGUUCUUUAUGGGUCCGGCGACGGCGCCGCUUGAGGCGGCGACGGCGUGCCCAGGAGUGUACGGUAAGGGGGCUUACCCGGGCUACGCCGGCGAGCUUUUGGUGGACCCGACUACAGGAGCCAGCUACAACGCGAAUGGGGCCCACGGGAGAGAGUAUUUGCUUCCGGGUAUCUUUGACCCGUCAACUGCUUCGUGUGCUACGUUGGUGUAGGCCGUAGGGGAUCUAGUUGUGGGUCAAGUGGGAAGAAAGGUUUGAGUGUGGUGACGUGGCGUUGUUUUAGAUGAUGUGGUGAAGCAUAUAUAAUAUGUAAAUAAUGAAAGAUAAGGUGAAAGUUUUGAGAGGCUUUAUGUCAUUGUUGAUGUGAAACCUUGUCGUUCUCCUUCGUUGUUUGUGAAUUGUAUUACUCCUUAAUAGUAACAAGCGAUUUGUUGCAUGCA